GUCGAGGUUUGCAGUUCAUGUUCAGCUUCGUCGUUUGCACUACGACGACAUUCCAAGCAUUGACUGGUGCAUCAGCUUGUCGGCCAUCCAAGGGCGCUCUAGGGUGUCCGAUACAGCCGCUCCUUCAACUCUCGGAGAGCCUCUGUCAUUGGAUCGUUGCAGAGCCCUUGGCUACAUCUUUCACGCCAUCCGCAACAAGAAUUGGGAAGGCAUCAAAGAGCAAGGGUUGGCUUUGGGCAAGACUAGACACCCUGGUCAGUCCAGCCGCAUCGCGAUCCACAUGACCUACGCUGGAGGCUCGGAGGCGCCACGCUAUGGAGCUCCUUUCGGGCGGCUACUCGCCUUCCUUGCGGACAAUGGUGUGGCGCUUUGCUACCAGACCAUCCCAGCCAAGUACGUGACGUUCCAUAUGCGGCUAUGGGAACGGAAUCCUCAGAGCCACGGGCAGCAGGAGGCUCUCCUAUGGGAGCGGUACCUGAGCCAAGCUCAUCGUCAGCAGCUGCAAGCGGAGGAACCAGAUGACAAAAUGGGCACUCCCACGUUUAAUUUGGACGACCUGCGCAAGGUGAUCCAGGAACAAGAGCUUGCUGAGCAGACCGAGUCUGAGGGCAGGCGCACUCCAAAGGAGGAAGGCGUGCUUGAGGCGGAUGCGAAGAUCUCCUUGGAGCGCGAGCGCGUCCUCGAGCAAGAGAACCUCAUCAAAAAGUGA